GGGGAGACGGCGCCCCGGCCCGGCCCGGCCCUGCCCCGCCCGCCCCGCCGCGGACGGACCGUCCGCGCUCCCGGCUGCAUCGGCAGGCCGGCGGUGAGGGGCGGGCUCCCGGCGCCGCCAGCAGCUCCUCCCUCCUCCUGGCCCGGGAGCCCCCGGCGGGGUGACAGCCCUGCCGAGCGCAGCCGCCCCGGCCGGGGCUGCGGAGGCAGCGCCGCUCCCCCUCGGCCCGCUCGCUGCCGGGACCAGCGGGGCGGGAGCCGCCGCCCCCGUGCCCGCCAUGUGGAAGCUCAACAAGAGCAGCAAAGUUCUGCUGGACGACUCGCCCGAGGAGGAGGAGACGCAUCCCCGCGGGCCGCCGCCCGCCGCCGCCGCCGCCUUCGCGGCCCCCCAGGUUCAAGGUGCAAGUUUCCGGGGUUGGAAGGAAGUGACGUCUAUGUUCAAUAAAGAUGAUGAACAGCAAUUGCUAGCAGGAUGCAAGUCUCCAAAAUCCAAAGGAACAAACCUAAAGUUAAAGGAAGAGAUGAAGUCUGAAAAGAAGCCAGGUUUUUGGGACAGUUUGGUGAUAAAGCAGAAUGUUCCACCUAGGAAACCAGAUGAGAUUGAGGGAUGGGAACCACCGCAGAUUAGCACUGCUGACUCUACCAGCAAUGCAGCAACUCCUUUAAGUGACUAUACAGCCUGGUCAGGCUGGGAAGAUGAAACCAAAGGCUCCACAAAAUACACAAACCUGGCCAGCUCAGGAAACAGUUCCCGGUGGAGUAUCAAAUCAGCUGGAAAGCUGGUUAGUAUUAGACGUCAAAGCAAAGGUAACCUUACUGACAACUGGGAAGAGCUAGAAUGAUACUGGUAACAUGAAAUACUUUAUAGAUAAGAAGAGAAAGAUUCCAUGAUUUACUCAUAUGUUUAAACCAAAAUCAAAUCUGCUCGAUCUUGCACCUUUAUACAGUACUUUGUUUUAUUCAGAUUGUUACAAAUUUUUGCUCACCUGAUAGUAAAUUUUCUUAUUACAUUGUUAAAUAGCUAUGUUUUCCACACUGAAAAAAAGUAGAGAAUCUAUUUUGUGCCUAUAUUUCACAUUCAGACUCUGCAGUAUGUUGGAUUGUUGGUUUUACCAAAAAAAAAGUAAUUCCUUAGUGAAUGUAUACACUGGUUGUAAAUUUGACUGCCUUAUGUAGGAAGUUCCACUAGCUCGAGGUCCUGUUUCUUUUCUGAUGUUUGAGGGUCACUCAAAAUUUUAGUUUUGAUGCUGUCCCUUUUUAACCAAGAAUACUGAUCUGUCACUUGCAGGAGAAUGCUUGUACUUAGUAGACUGUUUUCCAAAUCUUCAGCCUCAGCAUAUGCUUCAGCUUGUGCACACAAGAUGCUUCCUGUCACAGUAUGCUAUACUGUGUAUGAAGUGGGAAAAUACUAUUCUAAUAUAGUUCCUUCCAUUAGAAGAUUGUCACCAAUAGUCAGGUCAAAUGGGUCUUCCAGAAUUUGGGGGGGGGGGGUUUUGGUGGGUUUUUUUCCUGUUUGUGGGGGGGGGGGGGGGGGUAAGCGUUUGGUUUUUUUUCUGGUUUGUUUGUUUUUGGGUUUU